GUGUGAGAAUGUUGUUGUGCUGAGUGUGCAUGCACGCCUCCCACUUGCUGUCAUAUUAUAUCAAUAGCAUAUACCUAAAGCAGCAAUAUAUAAGCGCACGCGCAUUUAUGUUGAUUCACAGCUGCAAACGAGCUGCUUUGUGUCGUGUCGUAAACAAAUUUAAUAAGCGUGAUUGGAAUCAGAGGCGCGCACGUCUAUGGGGAUUCCCUGUGUGUGUUGCUGUGAAUUAGAGGUAUUAUAGUGACAGCUAGGGGGAUGUGCAGAAAUGUGUGGAUUGCACACACACACACACAUACACGCACCAGCACAAAGCUGCUGUUUCAUCAUAAGGGCGCAGUGUGUUUCAGCACCAGACCUGUCGAGCGGGGCAGUGGAGAGAGGCUCUCGUGGCAUGACUACUACAAACAAGGGAAACAAAGCACUCAAGGUGAAGCGAGAGCCAGGUGAGAAUGGCACGAGUCUCACGGAUGAUGAACUGGUGUCCAUGUCUGUGCGAGAGCUGAACCAGCACUUGCGCGGCCUGACCAAAGAUGAAAUCCUGCAGCUGAAACAGCGUCGACGCACGCUCAAAAACCGAGGCUACGCCGCCAGCUGUCGAGUGAAGCGCGUGACGCAGAAGGAGGAGCUGGAGAAGCAGAAGAUCGAGCUCCAGCACGAGGUGGAGAAGCUGGUCUCGGAGAACGCCAGCAUCAAAGCCGAGCUGGAGCUGCUGCGCUCCAAAUAUGAGGCUCUCCAGAGCUUCGCCAGGACUGUGGCCCACAGGGGUCCCGUCACUAAAGUGGCCACCACCAGCGUCAUCACCAUCGUCAAGUCCAAAACACAAGCGCGCUCUUAAUGCCCUGACCCGGAGCACUUCUGCAAGCGUAUCCAUCACAGGUUUACUCACGCUAAAGUCUGUUCGGAAAUCUACUCUAAACAAGUGUAAACCGAAUCUCUCAGAAAAAGAUAAAGCACUUAUCAUUUCUUUUUAGAGAUCAAUCUGUCAAUCACAACUCUUGUUUUGUCAAAUUUAUAUCAACGUUUCAUUAAUCAGAUAAUGAUACUCGCGCUAAAACAUUCAGAAAUCUACUCUUUGAUUAAAAAGUGUAAACAGACAACUCUAAAAUCUCUCCGAAAAAGAUUUAAAAAAAAAUUGAGAUUCAAUUUUAUACAGACUUGCAGUGUUGUAGUACUCGAGACUCGGACU